AAUUGCCUGCGCUUCGCGCGCGGCUCCGAGCGUCCCGUCCCGCCAGCGGCCUCGAGACCCGAUCAGCUAGGGAACAAACCGCAGCGGUCCAGGGAGCCCCGAGCGCAGCGGAGAGCCAGGGCACGCCUCGAGGACCGGUGCAGCCCCGCGAGGUCUCCGGGCCCUCGUCAGGCAGCCAGACGAGCGCAGCGCCAUCCGGCCGAGCCCAGAGCAGCGCUCCGUAGCCUAGCGCGCGCCGCCGCCCGUGCCCCGCACCGGGGAAUGCGCCCUCGGCGCGCAGGCCAGGGGGCGCCCGCAGCCCGCCCCGGGGGAGGCGGCCCCGAGCGCCCCUGAGCCUUUCCAUGGCCCGGGCUGGGGCCCGGGGCCUCGGCUGCUGACGUGCACUAAGCCAGUGGAACCAGGGAAGCCGCGGCCGCGGUGCGGAUCCCGGCCCAGGCUCCGAGGCAGGAGGGCGCGGACAGGGCCGUGUCCCCGGGGGGCCGCUCGAGCGGACCGGCCCGACGCGAACCUCUCCGUUGCUGCGGCGGACACUGCCUCCCGGGCGCCCAGGCCCUGCCGCCGUGGACGAGGUCCACUGGCCAUUCGAGUAUCCUUUCUGACCCCUGAGAUGGUACUUUUUCAUGGAGGAAGUCCUUCUGCCUGUCUAACCUGGGUGCUUCCUGCUUUUUAGUAAAUGUGUCCAGAGAACUGGAGCCUGCUUCCUGGGCCCUAGGCCCCUCCCACAAUGCUUGUCGCUGGUCUCAUCCUCUGGGCUUCCCUGCUCACCAGGGCCUGGCCAGCUACCCACAUCCAGGACCAGCUUCCAGCCACACCUAGAGUCCGACUGUCAUUCAAAGAACUUAAGGCCACGGGUACCGCCCACUUCUUCAACUUCCUGCUCAAUACUACAGACUACAGAAUCCUGCUCAAGGACGAAGACCAUGACCGCAUGUACGUGGGCAGCAAGGACUACGUGCUGUCCCUGGACCUGCACGACAUCAACCGAGAGCCCCUCAUUAUCCACUGGGCAGCCUCCCCACAGCGCAUUGAGGAGUGCAUACUGUCAGGCAAGGAUGGCAACGGCGAGUGUGGAAACUUCGUCAGGCUCAUCCAGCCCUGGAACCGAACGCACCUCUAUGUGUGCGGGACUGGUGCCUACAACCCCAUGUGCACCUAUGUGAACCGUGGCCGCCGUGCACAGGCCCCGUCAUGGACUCAGAUGCAGGUGGUCAGAGGCCGAGGCAGCAGGGCCACAGAUGGUGCCAACCGCCCGACGCCCACAGCCCCACGCCAGGAUUACAUCUUCUACCUGGAGCCUGAGAGACUCGAGUCAGGGAAGGGCAAAUGUCCAUACGACCCCAAGCUGGACACAGCCUCGGCCCUUAUCAACGAGGAGCUCUACGCAGGAGUGUACAUAGAUUUUAUGGGCACGGACGCGGCCAUCUUCCGCACUCUCGGAAAGCAGACGGCUAUGCGCACAGAUCAGUACAACUCCCGGUGGCUCAAUGACCCCUCCUUUAUACACGCUGAGCUUAUCCCUGACAGCGCGGAGCGCAACGAUGAUAAACUGUACUUCUUCUUCCGCGAGCGCUCGGCAGAGGCCCCGCAGAACCCCGCCGUGUACGCCCGCAUCGGGCGCAUCUGCCUCAAUGAUGACGGCGGCCACUGCUGCCUGGUCAACAAGUGGAGCACAUUCCUGAAGGCGCGGCUCGUCUGCUCCGUGCCAGGAGAGGACGGUAUCGAGACCCACUUCGAUGAACUCCAGGAUGUGUUUGUGCAGCAGAGCCAGGAUGUCAGGAACCCGGUCAUUUAUGCUGUCUUUACCUCCUCAGGCUCCGUGUUCCGAGGCUCUGCUGUGUGUGUCUACUCCAUGGCUGAUAUCCGCAUGGUCUUCAAUGGACCUUUUGCUCACAAGGAGGGUCCCAACUAUCAGUGGAUGCCCUUCUCAGGAAAGAUGCCCUAUCCUCGGCCUGGCACGUGCCCGGGCGGAACCUUUACACCGUCCAUGAAAUCGACCAAGGACUACCCCGAUGAAGUGAUCAACUUUAUGCGGAGCCAUCCGCUCAUGUACCAGGCCGUAUACCCGCUGCAGCGGCGCCCCCUGGUGGUCCGCACGGGCGCUCCCUACCGCCUCACCACUGUCGCCGUGGACCAGGUGGACGCAGCUGAUGGGCGCUAUGAGGUGCUUUUCCUGGGCACAGACCUCGGGACAGUGCAGAAGGUCAUCGUGCUACCGAAGGACGACCAGGAGGUGGAGGAGCUCCUGCUUGAGGAGGUGGAGGUCUUCAAGGAACCAGCACCCGUUAAGACUAUGACCAUCUCUUCCAAGAGGCAACAACUGUAUGUAGCCUCAGCCGUGGGCGUCACGCACCUGAGCCUGCACCGCUGCCAGGCGUAUGGAGCUGCCUGUGCUGACUGCUGCCUCGCCCGGGAUCCCUACUGUGCCUGGGAUGGCCAGGCCUGCUCCCGCUACACGGCAUCCUCCAAGAGGCGGAGUCGCCGGCAAGAUGUCCGCCACGGGAACCCCAUCAGGCAGUGCCGUGGGUUCAAUUCCAAUGCCAACAAGAACGCCAUUGAGUCUGUGCAGUACGGAGUGGCCGGCAGCGCGGCUUUCCUUGAGUGCCAGCCUCGCUCCCCGCAGGCCACCGUGAAGUGGCUGUUCCAGAGAGAUCCCAGUGACCGGCGCCGUGAGAUUCGCGCAGAGGACCGCCUCCUGCGCACAGAGCACGGGCUGUUGCUUCGUGCCCUGCAGCUCGCUGACCGCGGCCUCUACUCCUGCACGGCCACUGAGAACAACUUCAAGCACAUCGUCACGCGGGUGCAGCUGCACGUGCUGGGCCGGGACGCCGUGCACGCGGCCCUCUUCCCCCUGCUGGCUGGGAGCAUCCCUCCACCUCCUGGCACAGGUCCCCCGACACCUCCUUACCAGGAGCUGGCCCAGCUCCUAGCCCAGCCGGAAGUGGGCCUCAUCCAUCAGUACUGCCAGGGUUACUGGCGCCAUGUGCCCCCCAGCCCGAGGGAGGCUCCAGGAGCACUCAGGCCUCCUGAACCCCAGGACCAGAAAAAGCCCCGGAACCGUCGUCACCACCCUCCGGACACAUGAGGCCAGCUGCUGGAGGCCUCCACAGGACCAGCCUAGCCCCUCAUCCCUUUUAAUAUAAAAAGAUAUAUAUAUAUAUAUAAAUAUCUAUAUUCUAUACAUACCCUACCCCUGCAAAGACAGUAUUUAUUGGUGGGUUGUAUAUAGCCUGCCUCCGUGGCAACUCUAUCCAGAACUUAAGACCCAUGUUGGUCAGCAACGGCACGUGACUGUGCAUGCCCAUCCUGGCCUAGGCAGUUGCCUGGGCCAGGCCAAGACCACACAGUCCCCAGACUCCGUGGAAAUCUCCCUGCUCAACAGCUGUCAAGAUCUGCAGAACACAGGGAGGGAGGAAGCCCUACUUGCCGGGGCAUGGACCAUACACCUUUGCUGAGUGUUGUCAGCUGUGCUGUGGCAUAGACAUGGACACUGAGAUUGCUAUGGAGUCUGGGGGUGGGGGCUCAGGGCACUCAGAGGAGGGAGAAAGGGGCCACCACAGGAUACAGGCCCCUGCCUGGGUCAGAGGUACUGAGUCAAGGCCGACCUCGCCCAGGUAUUUAUUCUCUAUUUAUU